AUGUCGAGGUCUCGCAACUCGAUGGCCAUGGGCUUCGGCCUGUUGGCCUGGAUCUGUCUUCUCUUCGCGCCUCUGGCCCUUGUCCAGACUGUGCACGCUGAGGAGCCUGAGAACUACGGUACCGUCAUUGGUAUCGAUCUUGGAACCACCUACUCUUGUGUCGCUGCCCUCCAGAAGGGCAAGGUUGAGAUCUUUGUCAACGACCAAGGAAACCGUAUUACUCCCUCUUAUGUCGCUUUCACCGAGGAUGGCGAGCGUCUCGUCGGUGACGCCGCCAAGAACCAGGCCGCCGCUAACCCUUACAACACGAUCUUCGAUGUCAAGCGUAUGAUCGGAUCCAAGUUCAGCGACAAGAACGUCCAGGCCGAUCUCAAGCACUUCCCCUACAAGGUUGUUGCCAAGAACGAGAAGCCUUCCAUCCAGGUCUCCGUCAACGGCGAGGACAAGAGCUUCACUCCCGAGGAGAUCUCCGCCAUGAUUCUCGGCAAGAUGAAGGACACCGCUGAGGCCUACCUCGGCAAGAAGGUCACUCACGCCGUCGUCACCGUCCCCGCCUACUUCAACGACAACCAGCGCCAGGCCACCAAGGAUGCUGGUGUCAUUGCCGGUCUUAACGUCCUCCGUAUCGUCAACGAGCCCACCGCCGCCGCCAUCGCCUACGGCCUUGACAAGCUCGACGGCGAGCGCCAGAUCAUUGUCUACGAUCUCGGUGGUGGUACAUUCGAUGUCUCUCUCCUGUCCAUUGACCAGGGCGUCUUCGAGGUGCUUGCCACCGCCGGUGACACCCACCUUGGUGGUGAGGACUUCGACCAGCGUGUCAUCAACCACUUCGCCAAGCUCUACAACAAGAAGAACGACGUCGACAUCACCAAGGACGCCAAGGCCAUGGGCAAGCUCAAGCGUGAGGCCGAGAAGGCCAAGCGUACCCUUUCUUCUCAGAUGUCCACCCGUAUUGAGAUCGAGGCCUUCCACAACGGCAACGAUUUCUCCGAGACUCUGACCCGCGCCAAGUUCGAGGAGCUCAACAACGACCUCUUCAAGAAGACCCUCAAGCCCGUCGAGCAGGUGCUCAAGGACGCCAAGGUCGAGAAGAGCGAGGUUGACGACAUCGUUCUCGUCGGUGGCUCCACUCGUAUCCCCAAGGUUGUCUCCCUCAUUGAGGAGUACUUCAACGGCAAGAAGGCUUCCAAGGGUAUCAACCCCGACGAGGCUGUCGCCUUCGGCGCCGCCGUCCAGGCUGGUGUUCUGUCCGGCGAGGAGGGUACUGAGGACAUCGUUCUCAUGGACGUCAACCCCCUUACUCUCGGUAUUGAGACCACUGGCGGUGUCAUGACCAAGCUCAUCAACCGUAACACUCCCAUCCCCACCCGCAAGUCCCAGAUCUUCUCCACGGCUGCCGACAACCAGCCCGUGGUUCUCAUCCAGGUCUUCGAGGGUGAGCGUUCCAUGACCAAGGACAACAACAUCCUCGGCAAGUUCGAGCUCACCAGCAUCCCUCCCGCUCCCCGUGGUGUUCCCCAGAUCGAGGUCUCCUUCGAGCUCGACGCCAACGGUAUCCUCAAGGUCUCCGCCCACGACAAGGCCACCGGCAAGGGCGAGAGCAUCACCAUCACCAACGACAAGGGCCGUCUCACUCAGGAGGAGAUUGACCGCAUGGUUGCCGAGGCUGAGAAGUACGCCGAGGAGGACAAGGCCACCCGCGAGCGCAUUGAGGCUCGCAACGGUCUUGAGAACUACGCCUUCUCCCUGAAGAACCAGGUCAACGAUGACGAGGGUCUCGGUGGCAAGAUCGACGACGAGGAGAAGGAGGCUAUUCUUGAGGCUGUCAAGGAGACUACCGACUGGCUCGAGGAGAACGGCGCCGAGGCCACCGCCGAGGACUUCGAGGAGCAGAAGGAGAAGCUAUCCAACGUCGCCUACCCCAUCACCUCCAAGAUGUACCAGGGUGCUGGUGGCGCCGGUGGCGAGGCUGAUGAGCCCGCAUCCCACGAUGAGCUCUAA